UUUUAAAAUGAGUUAAUAAGAGUCAACUUCAAUUAAAUUAGUUGUAGUAGGAGAUGGUAGUGUUGGUAAAACGUGUAUACUUCUAAGGUAUGAAUAAUAAAUAUAAUAAAAAUAGUUACACAACAGAUAAAUUUCCUAUAGAAUAUGUUCCAACAGUGUUUGAUAACUACACAACUUAAUUAACUGUUGAUAAUUAGAUGGUAAGUUUGAGUUUAUGGGAUACAGCAGGCCAAGAAACAUAUAACAAAUUAAGAACUCUAUCUUAUGGAUCAGCAGAUAUUUUUCUAAUUGUAUUUUCUGUGGCUGAUAAAAGUUCAUUUGAUAAUGCUUUAAAUAAAGUAAUGUAAUUAAACAAUAUUAAAGUGGUACCCUGAAUUAAAUUAAGACGAAUUAUAAAAAAUCCCGAAAAUAAUUGUUGGCAAUAAAAUAGAUAUGAGAGAUGAUAGCAAUGAAAAUCAUAUAAAAAAAGAAGCUGUAAUUAUUUUAUUAAUAUUGUUAGGCUUAAUAAAUCUUAGGUAAUCAAAAACUUUAAUAUUAUGAAUGUUCCGCAUUAACAUAAGAAGGUUUGAAGGCUAUAUUUGAUGGAGCAGUCACUACAGCUUUGAAAGCCAAAACCUAAUCUAAUGUAGGGGCUAAGAAUGGAAAUAAGGAAAUAGGUAGUGAAAAUAAAAAGAAAGAGGAACCAUGUUGUAACAUCUAUUGAUUUUAUUUACAUAAAUCAUAUCAAUCCAUAUUUAAAUGAAAC